AUCUGAACACUCUGAACCUCGCCGCUGAACUCGUGCCUCAACAGUUCGGCACGAAUUCACACUGAGUUGAUUAUAUCCUGUCGCUCGUUCGCUCGUUCGCCCGUACGCCCGCGCGCGCGCGUAUCCGCCGCGCCCGCCAUAUUGGUGGCUCGAUAUACUCUCAUACGUAUUAAUAUAAGUUCAGACUGGACCUGGCUAGUAGGACGACGGAUCGCAGCCGCGGCCCCACCGCCGAUCGUUGUUGCGCAUCUCAUCGUUCGAACAUCGUUGCUCGUUCAAGCGCGAACAACGAAUAUUGUAAACACAGUGUACAAUUAACAGACGGACAGACAGACAAAGCGACAAACACACAACAGACACACACCGGCGGCAACCAGCGCGCAGUGAUCAUGUAAUACACGUCAGCCAUGUUCGAUCCUAUGUAAAGAAUCUCACGGUAGAUCCGUGCGGAACGACGGUAGGACAGGUGAAGGGAGGGAAGGGGUGAGGAGGAGAGGGAGGGUAGACUUGUAUUCGGGCGCGCGGAACCGACGACGACGCGACACGACGGCGAAGGAACGAACGGCGAAGGAGCAUCGCGGCCGCUUUCCGGCGCGAUUACGUGGCCGAGCUCCGUCCGCUUUUAUGUCGAUCGUCGGAGCGCCAGCGUGAGGAUAGGGAUCGUCGAGCGCGGGACGGUUUCACGGCAAACGGAGGUGAAGGGAGGGUCGGUUCUCUCAUCUCUUCCCGCCGAAGCCGCCAGGCGCGCCAAGUGGAUCCGAGACUAGCGCGGCGUGUUUAAUUGACUUUACCUACCGCUGCUGAACAUCGCGUUUACCGAUUCGAAACGUCCCAACGACGGGGCGAGCAGCUCGAGUUUCUCGCACGUUGGUCGCUCGCGCGCACUUUCGCGUCGAGAGUCCGGCUCCUGCUUUCGUGUGCUCCGCUUUUUCGCGCGUUCUGUUUGUUUUUCUCUCUCUCUCUCUCUCUCUCUCUCUCUCUCUCUCUCUCUCUCUCUUUCUUUCCUCGCCGUCGCCGCAGUUGUCGAAAGAGCGCGCCCGCCGGAGUCGCGUUUCCGGUGCGCGGGACACCGGGUCGCGUUGAAAUCUGUGAAAAUCGGCGAUACACGAAAUGUGCGCGCUGGUACCGGUCACACGGUGGUCACGAUACUUGUGUCAUGCCGAUUAAGGCUCGAUGUUCGACCGAGGAUAAGCCGAUGUUGAUGAGCUUGUGACAAUCAGCAUUGUUGAUAACAAUGCCUAUCGGAAAUGAACAGUCCACUGGAUCGCGAUUUUGCAGAAUUUAAAUUUUCCAUACAAGAUAAGAUUUACGACCGUACGGGCACUCCCAGGUCGCCGGACGGUUUCAGCGGUCAACAACCGCUGGUGAACUGCGGCAUUUGUGGCAAACGAUUCGCCUCCAAGAAGUUGCUACGCGUUCACAUCAAUUCUCACCUGAGGAAACCCUGCAUCGUCCUCAGAAGGGUGACAGGACCGAAGGUGGUGAAGAGGAGACAGAGCGACACGUACUGGUUGGAUCCGGAGAAGAAGGGCUCGUUGAAGCUGACUCUGAAGAAGCAGGGCGUCAAGCUCACGAUCAAGAAGAACUCUGAAGCCUUCACCGUAGUGAAUCGCAACUUUUAUCCGGAUAUCGGUAAUUGUCAAGAAGAAGAGGUGGCAGGUGCAACAGAGAAUGAUCAUAGAGAUGACAGGGCAACAGAGGGCUCACUCGACGAACCUUUUGAAAACGUGAUGGUGGACCAACAAGACGAUUAUGGGAACAUUAAAUUCAACGACGAUCACAAUCUUCUAGAAGAGAAUGAUAGGCCGUCCUUAGAUGUUAACGAAGGUGAUUCCGGUGUAGGGAGUGAUAUGGCAAAUCCAUCCGAGAAGGAAGAUCAAAAUGUCGAUGAUAUACAUGGUGCUGAUAACUACGACAAUUCUGAGAAGAGACUUUCAGAAUCUGAGGAUCACGAAGAGUCGGAUGCCUUGGAAGCGACUUGUAGAGAAACUAUUGAAAACUUGAAGAAACUUGGUGAACAGUCAAGCUCCAGGUCAACGAAUCGACUAAUUGACGACUCUUCUGUGGAGGAAGAGGAUGACAGGAGUCACGAAUCCAGUAUGAUACACAAUCUCGAGGAGAAUCCUUCUAUCAGCAUUAUUCCAAAGUCUUCCACGUAUCCUAAUCAUGCGGCAGAACGCGCUGCGGUGUGUGACGAGAAUAAGAAUAGGGAAUCGGGUGAACCGCAGGCUAGUUUCAAUUGGAACCAAUUGUCCGCCGAUCUGUCGAGCAAAAGCAACGAGGAUCCCAAAGAUGGCGGCGAGCAGCAGCAUACGGAGAGCGGCGAGGCCAACAUAGAGAAUGCCGGUUCGCUUUUGCAGAACUUCCUCAUAGAACAUCAAAGACGCAACCCGAACGAGGUAUCACUGUCGAACAGUUUGCCACCUGUUGAAACAGAGUAUGUAUCUCUGGAAAAAUUGGCGGAGACCGUCAACACAUGUCGCGUCUGCAACGAAAAGUUCAAGGAUAUCACGCAUCUGGACGAGCAUCGCAGCAAAGCUGGUCACUAUCAAUGCAACAUUCCGGAAUGCGCCAAUCUGAUCUUUCACUCGCCGAUGGAGGUGUCAAUGCAUCGAGCGCAGAUGCACAGCACCCAACUCUCGCCGGGCGUGAGCCAGCUAUCGCCGCAUCUGAACGCGAAUUCGCCGCACGUGAAUCAGAACUCGCCGCAUCUGAGUCAAGCGUCGCCGCUCAACACACACUCACCUCAUCACACCGCGCCGCCGAUGGAGCCGUCGCCGCCGACGACGACUACGAGUUCGCAGCAGCAACAGUUGAGCAGGAACUCACCGUUGACGUCGCCCCAUCAGACGAACUCGCCGACGUACAGUAGCGCGGCGGCGGCGGCGGCAGCGGUGGCGAGCCAACAGAUGAUACCGCCGGUGAGCUUCGAGCAAUUGCCGCCGCCGGUGCAACAACUGGCCCAGCAAGUGCAACGCAUGCCUCUUCCACAGACAGGGCAAAUGCCUCCGAGUCUUCCCCCGGGCGCGAACACGAUGAUACCCGGUCCCAAUUACUUCGUGCAGCCGCCGGGACGGCCACCAUUGUACAGAGUACCCGGCCCACAGGGUAUGCAUUACGCGCCGCAUAUAGCACACUUGUAUCCUCAGUAUGGGCCGGGCCCAUAUCCACAGAUGGCCGCGCCACCGCAGAUGCAUCCUCAAUUAUCUCAGCAGCUUCCACGAGGACGAUACCCGUCCGUUGUCCAGAAUAGCAGAGCACCACGGAUGCCGCAGCAAGCUGGUCCGGUGCCUCGACAGCGUAUGAAGAGACCCAUGCAGCAAUCGAUGCAGGUCCAACCGCAAAACAGCGGUCCCGCGGUGAAGCAGAGGCGUAUGGACGUGCUGUUACCCGAUAGAAACGAGGACGCGGAUUGUCAUGUCAUAGCGCAACAAAAGCGGAACGACGGUCUGCCCGUUAUACAAAAUGUUCAGGGUGCUGCGCCCCAGCAAACCAGUAGAAACGACUCUACGAUACAUCUUACAGAUUCAAUUACUCUGAGUGUUCGACAACCGACUCAAGUCCAGAACACGUCGAAUCCCGGCGGAAAGAAAUCCGACGCCAAGGCAGUGGCGAAUGUCCUCGCGGCUCGAGGUAUAACAGUUACUCCAGCUGCAAAUAAAAAUAAGACAAGCGAACAAAACAAACAGCAGAUACCUCCACAGCAGCAGCAGAGGCCACCACCUUCACAGCAGCCUUUAAAUGUUACAGCCCUCAAUCUGAAUUCUGCUAUUUCUAUCAUACCAACUAGUUCGCAAAGAAAGCAGCAGGAUCAGGGCCAGUUCGCCGUGCCGCAAAACAAACAGAACAAAUCGUCGAUGAAUGAAGUGGAGCGACCACCGAGACCGCCAACCGUUGAUCUCACGCAAGACACUCCGCCACAGAUGCCGGUGGUUAGACGUGGUCGGCCACCCAGAGCAUUAUUGACGUGUCAAGUGUGCGACAAGAACUUUCAGAAUCAAGACAUGUUAACCCAGCAUAUGGCGAAUCAUCGAACGACCAGCAAACUCCUCCACAAAUGUAAUCUCUGUCCUGCUCAAUAUCCCACGGCUCAGGCAUUGGCGACGCACAAACAGACUUAUCACAAAGAGGUUGAUACCGUAGCGCAAAACGGAGGCGCUGAAUUAGCUUUGCCGGUUGUAGACUUGAAAUCACCGCAUGUCUUGAAUCGUUUGGCAAAUCUGGGCAUUCAAAGCUACAUACCAUUGUCGCAAUUGAGUGUCCAAACUGGGGGUUACUUCGGCUUGCCGAUCAUCACCAUAGACGGUGCGAGAAAUUCGAGCACUUGUAAUUUGGGUGCGCUUGGUGCUACCUCUAUAUUAAGUCUCGGUCCUCUUAAGCAUUUAUCAAACAGGUAACUAUGGACGAAUUUGCGUCCGGCCUAUUCCACGUGCAAUCGUACUCCCCGUUGUCAUCGGUCAUUAUUCUCGUUCAAUUCGACCUACACGUUACUGUAUUGCCACUGACCAUGACACGAAUUGUCCUGAUUUUUGGAGGAAAACAACCGUGAUAUAGCGUAAGUAGAUUCACAUAAACACGACACAUUUCAAAUACAUGAAGUUUAUAUAUUUGUGAACAGAUUUAUUUUUACGAAAUUGUUUCUCUUUCAGUAUUCUGUUAUAGAAAGCAGAAAAAAAAAUUGAUAAACUUAGAUUUAAAAGAGAAAUUGUUAAUUUAUUUAUAGAUGUAGAGCAAUACAGUAUUUCUUUCGCAUAUAUUUUUCUCCUAUGGCAAACAUUUACUACAAAUUUUCAUAAAAUGUAAGAUCUGAAACAUACAAUCAAUCUACGCAGUUCAAGUACGAAAUAUAAAUAUAAAUAAAUAAAUAUAUAUAUAUAUAUGUCAUAUACUACGAAAAAAAAGGAAAAGUUUGAAAUAAUAGAUUAUUUUGUAUCACGAUCCAUCGCAGUUGCCAGUAUAUAUCUUUUUUAAUAAAUAUAUUAAAUAGGGAUUUCUCCCACACUUUCUCAUGUUCCACGUGUAAACUGUUCAACAAAAGAGCAUUACAAAACUAAAUUUUUUAUUGUUAUAAUAGUUUUACUAUCUCUUUAUCUCCCUACGAGACAUAUAUGACAAAAGAAAUUCUAAUUACGUACAAUUGAGUCCAGUUAUAUAUUGUUAUAUUGACUUAAAUUACUUUCAAUAUAAUAUAAAAAUAUCUUAUGUGUAUAAAAUAACUUUUUUAUGUUUUGUACGCAAAAUGAAAAAAUCUAAUUGUUAUCGAUAAUAAAUACUAGUAAAUCAAACAAAAAUUCGACUGUUUAACAGUGAGAGUUAUGUUGAUGCCUGUCGAGCGAUACUUUUUAUUAAUACACGUGCAAUGUACGAUUGCUAAUAAAUUACACUGAUGUACCUAAUCUAGCAGAAUCGAUCUGCUAGAUACAAAAUAUUACAUGGAAGAUUAUAUUGGUAUGAUGUAAUUGUUGUUACAAGUACAUAUAUACAUACAUACACAUACAAACACAUAUACACAUAUACAUUUUACACGCACACAUCCAUAAAUAUAGAGUCCAAAAUAUGAAGGUAAAUUUUCAAAACAAAUUGCAUUGAUGGUAGAGUUGUAAGAAACAUCUCGUGACUUUCUACGAAACAAAAAAGAGAAGGAAAAACAGAAGUUUUUAUUUUCUAUUUGACGCAGUUACUACGUUUUGUACAUACACUGUGUAUAAAGAGGAUGUGGUUGAAAGUAUAUACAGGGUAUCCCACGUAAUUAAACCGAGCUGUAUGUUUGGGGCAUAAUUGGAGAUAAAAGAAACAUUAAAAAAAAUUUAAUUGUUUUAUAUACUCACUAUAUAUUUUUAUGUUUUUAUGUAUGUGCUGUGUUAUAAUGAUACAAUAUAAAAGGCAAGAUCAGGUAAUCUUGUUCUUCAAUAUUACCUUCAAUAUUAUCUCCAAUAAUUUUCGAAGAUACAACCCGGUUCAGUUGUACAGUUGGAACUCUGCAUAUUCGUUUAUACUUAAAACGGUUUCUUUAUAAAAGAAAAAAAUAUCGGAUAGAGUAUAGGCAAUAUUUAAGAAUAUAAUUCACAUACACACGAUAUCAUAUGCAAUUUAUUAUUUAUUAUCAUUCCUGUUAGUAUAUAUCUUGUUAUGUGUAAAUAAUUACCGCCAUUUCAUUAUAUGCGAUGUGUAAGAUUUAAGUGAUUUAUUUUGACGAAUUUUCGUGAGAACGGUCUAUUGUUGCGUGCGACUGAUUACGAGAUAUUAAUGUUGUAUAUAUUUGUAUAAUAAUAAAAAGAAUAACGUAUAUAUGAUA